AUGUGGCUAGAAAAAAUGCUGCCGGUCGCCUCGAAAGCGCCCGCCGGCGACGCGCUUCUGGCGGAGCUCGAGGCGGAGAAGGAGGCGGAAGACAAGAAGAAGGAAAGCAAGAAGGGAAAGAAGAAGAAGAAGGGGAAGGGCAGGGCAGGGUCGUCGCAGGCGCACGGCGAGGCGGCGGGUGAGGCGGACUUGGCAGAGGUGGAUGCAGAGGUGGCGGCGCCCGAGGCGGAGAAGGAGGCGGGAGUGCCUGUCCGCUGCCUCGGCGAGACGACGGCGAGGCUGAGUGUAGUGCCAGAGGGACAGGCACUAGAGGAGCCAUCACCGGAAAUUGGCGCCGCUGCUCCGGCCGACUUCGCCGAGUCCUUUGCGCCGCCAUCGGAUUCGCCGUCGCAGCUUGCUGCCGCUGCCCCCGAUGAGGACUCGAUCGGACCCGAGGACCCGAGCUCCGACUCCGUCCCCGACGAUGCGGUGUCGGGAGAGCCUCAGCCAGCGGCGGCGACCGUCUCGCUCGCCGACGCCGACUUCGACACUGGCCGGGCGGUUGUUCCUGAGUCCACCCUCGGCGGUGAGACCACAUGCAUCGUGUGCUUCACCCGGCCGAAGACGCACAUCGCCGUGCCAUGUGGGCACCAGUGCGCGUGCGGCGCUUGCGCGGAUCGGAUGCGCGAGUGCCCGUACUGCCGCGAGCCGGUGAUGAUGUGGAUGCUGCAGCGCCUCGUGUAG